AUGAUCUGCCUACUCCAAAAUACAACCCUCUUUCGAGCACAAUUGCGAGAAGAUGCGACCGUGACGGUAUCGGAUAGAGACUCCGUCGAGUCUGAUGUCUCCAUCAAUCAAGACGAACGCGACACCGACACCAACACAUCGACCCUCGUGGAGCAGAUUCCCGAACCUGAACUUCAACUUACUCGAUAUUCCACACCUCCUUGGGGUCAGACGGUCUGGUCUAUGACUUGUGGGAAGUGGUGGGUCAGAGACAUGUUCCAGGAGGCCAAUCCUGAUAUCCUACCGAAAGCGGACGUGCUUCAAGCGACUUCCUACAUGUACCACAUCGCCGUCACCGCCCACGACUCCAUCAUCGACCCCUCCUAGCAUUGCGCAGACAAUGGCCUUUGAUGGCACUUGGUCAGUACGUCCGCUCGUCCCAGUUGCAAACCAAGGGUCACACAUCUCCAUGAGCGGGACGCGUGUGUCUUGUUCGCCCUGGGAUCU